AUAACUAAACUGAUGGUUGAGAAUAAAGUGAGAGUCGCUUUCAAGCUUUCAGCCCCACACUGGCUUUGAAGGUUGUGGCCAGUGUCCUCGAACCAAGCUCGUAGUGGGGAUGUGAACAAGAGUUUGACAAAUAAAACCCCAAACCCUGUUGCUUAUUAAAAUCCACAUGCAUCGCUCUUCUCGAAUAUCCUCCACCCCCCAAAGUCCCUGCCCUUCGUUUUAUUAUCCCCUUUGCUCUGUCUCUCUGAAGUCCUAGUCUUUCCUCAUCAUUGCGUGCAUAUAGAUUCAGUGGUGGGUUUUGUGUCUUAUUCUAAGUUGGAUUUUUGUUUAUGAGGGUUUAGUUGGGUUUGGUUUUUGGUUACUGGCUCGUGAAGUCUGCACAUGGAUCUUUUGUUGUUAUAUAUUGGUUAGUGUCGGAGACAUGAAAGUGGAAGGGAUUUACAAGUAUGCGAACACUUUGUGACGCUUGCGAGGGCGCGGCCGCUAUCGUGUUUUGCGCUGCCGAUGAGGCCGCUCUCUGCCGUUCCUGCGACGAAAAGGUUCACAUGUGCAAUAAGCUUGCUAGCCGGCAUGUACGGGUUGGUCUCGCAAAUCCCAGUGAUGUUCCCCGUUGUGACAUAUGUGAAAAUGCUCCUGCUUUCUUUUACUGUGAGGUGGAUGGAAGUUCCCUGUGUUUGCAAUGUGACAUGAUUAUUCAUGUUGGAGGAAAGCGAACACAUGGAAGAUAUCUUCUGUUUAGGCAGAGAGUUGAGUUCCCAGGAGAUAAAGCUGGUCUUCUUGAAGAGCCAGCUAUGCAACCCGUGGAUCCGGGUGAGAACAUAAGAGGACAAAACCAGCCUCCUAAACUGACAAUGGGAGAGAACCAGCAAAAUCAGAGGGCCUCUUCUAUUCCAAACUUAGAUGCUAAUGCUGAUGGGCAUUCAAAGAUGGAUAAAAUGAUUGAUUUGAAUAUCCAGCCUCACCGGAUGCAUGAACAGACAUCAAACAAUCAGUUUAGAGUUUUCUUCAUUUUGCUUUGCAAUAGUACAUGAAAAUGACGAUAGAUUUCAUCCUGUGACACCGAGGACACAACCUUACAAACAGGAAUAGAAGUAAAGAUUAUCAGACUUAAAAUGUUUCUUAUACUCUCCGUGUGAUGGGGACACGUUACAUGAGUCUGUUCCAGAACUAUCCCAGCCCGUUGUUUGAGCUUCGUCGUCCCGUUCCUAGUGUAUUUGUCUGUUCAUUUGGGCUUCUUCAUGCCCUUUCGUGUGCUUCUUUCAAGUCAUUUGGUGUGCUGCUAUUGACAUUUGGUGUGCUUCCUGAAAUUUCUAUAUGCAAAACCCAGAAGUUAUUGUUGAUUAUCAGUAUACACUGGGAUAUAUUGUAAGAUCAAAUUAUACUAUGGUAAUUUAGACCAGUGUCUGCAA